UCAAUUCUUCUUCUUCCCCGAUCUCAUCCUCUCUGCUAGGCCAAGGCUGAAUAUCUCUUUCUUCUUGUCACGAAAAAGAAUUAUGACUCAUUUCUUUUUUAAUAAAAAGGAAAUAAUAAAAUACUAGCUUAUUUCUCGAACAACAAACUCCUCGAUCUACGUAUACCCAGAACAAACACCAAUUCAACUAUUCAUCUCAAACUGAUAAGAGCUAGAAAAGUUAGGGUUAGGGACAUAGUGUUUUUCUUGAUGCUAAUUAGCAAGAACUAGGGUUUAGACAAUGUUGAUAUCGUCAGCUACUUCAACACCUUCUGCUAUUUCUGUAGCAUCUCUAUCAAGAAGUGCUACUUCUAGGGUUUCGAAUUUUGCAAAUUUAGAGAUAUCUUCUAAGAUAUCUUUAAGAGGUUUCAGAGCUAGGGUUUCAUCUAAGGCAGUAGUGAAGGUUAAAGCAAUGGCAGAAUUAGUUGAAGAUAAAGAAUCAAUCAAAAACGUUCAAAAUAUUAUCCGACUGAAGAAAUCAUCAUCAGAAAUUGAUGACAAUGAUAAUGUUGGCCAUUCACUUACUUUCAUUGAUGUUCGAAGUGAAAAAGAACUUCUCUUGGGGAUUAGGAAAGAGCAAGAAGCUGGACGAUUGCCUUCAAAUGUUGCCGCAGGGUUGGAGGAAUUAUACAAGAAUUAUCGGGAUGCGGUUCUUAAAAGUGGACAUCCAAACGCUCAUGAUAUUAUAUUGUCGAAUAUGUCUGUUGCAUUUGACCGAAUGCUGUUGGAAGUUGAGGAUCCUUUUGCCUUCUCACCAUAUCACAAAGCUAUAAGAGAGCCUUUUGACUACUACUUGUUUGGUCAAAAUUAUAUUCGUCCGCUGAUUGAUUUUAGAAGGUCUUAUGUUGGCAACCUUUCUGUUUUUGCGGACAUGGAAGAUAAGCUUAAUCAGGGUCACAAUGUCAUAUUGAUCUCCAAUCACCAAAGCGAAGCAGAUCCCGCAGUCAUUUCAUUGUUACUCGAAACAACAAACUCUUAUAUUUCUGAGAACUUGACAUAUGUUGCUGGAGACAGAGUUCUUACAGAUCCUCUUUGCAGGCCGUUCAGCAUGGGAAGGAAUCUGGUAUGUGUAUACUCAAAGAAACACAUGAACGACAAUCCUGAGCUUGCUGACAUGAAAAGGAGAUCAAAUACAAGGAGUCUGAAGGAGAUGGCAUUGCUUUUAAGGGGUGGAUCACAGAUAAUAUGGAUUGCACCUAGUGGUGGUAGGGACCGCCCAGAUCCUUCCACAGGAGAAUGGUUUCCAGCACCCUUUGAUGCUUCUUCAGUGGACAAUAUAAGAAGACUUGCGGAUCAUUCAGGUCCUCCAGGGCAUAUCUAUCCCUUGACAUUAACGUGCCAUGACAUCAUGCCACCACCUCUCCAGGUAGAAAAAGAAAUCGGAGAAAAAAGAGUGAUUUCUUAUCACGGAGUUGGAUUAUCUGUGGCUCCAGAAAUGAGCUUCAAUCAGGUUGCUGCAAACCAUGAAAACCCUGAAGAGGCCAAAGCAGCUUUUUCACAGGCUCUGUAUAAUUCAGUUACUGAGCAUUACAAUACAUUAAAGGCAGCUAUACAUGGAAAGCAAGGGCUGAAUGCAUCGACCUCUACUGUCGUUUUGUCGCAACCAUGGAACUAGUCGUCUACAAGUUUCGAAUAUGUUAAUCGAUUUUUUUUCAGUAUCAGAAUGUUGGCGACCGAAGGCCUGUGAGUCUGUGACAAUGCACAACUGUGUACUUGGGAUAUUGUUCUUCCAGGGUGGGACUCUUUAUCAGGAGGGUGAAGUGUUAGAAUUUAUAAUUUCUUUAGCAAUUGUACAGAUUUUUGCUCGAAAUCGUAGCGCACAAAAGAUGCAAGCAUUUUGACCUGUGUAAUCUAAUUUCAAUUCUACAAACAUUUUUGUAAUUCUUCGAGUAAUCAAUAUUCUUUUUAGCAAUUUAAUGCGACUAACUGAA